AUGGAGCUCUGGAGGCAGUGUGCAGCCUGGCUGAUCCAAUGCCGGGUUUUACCAGAAAACCACAGAGUUACAUGGGAAAGCGCACAGGUGUGCGAGUUAGCACAUGCUUUAAGAGAUGGAGUUCUGCUUUGCCAGCUUCUCAACAACCUGCUGCCACAAGCAGUCAAUCUACGAGAGAUCAACCUCCGUCCACAGAUGUCCCAGUUCCUGUGUUUGAAGAAUAUUAGGACAUUCCUAUGUGCGUGUCAGGAGCGAUUUGGGAUGAAGAGAAGUGACCUAUUUGAGGCAUUUGACCUUUUCGACGUCCGAGAUUUUGCCAAGGUGAUUGACACCUUGUCUAUUUUGUCUCAGACACACAUUGCUAUCCAGCGGGCAAUACGGCCUUUUCCAGACGAUGACUGUUUAGCAGAUGAUGAGAUUUACACUGGUCUCUCUGAUCAAAUUGAUGAUACUGUAGAGGAAGAUGAUGAUCUGUAUGACUGUGUGGAGGAUGAGGAGAAUGAAGGAGAUGACAUUUAUGAAGACCUAAUGAGAACAGAGGAACCACCUGAGACAGUGGAGGUGGAUAAGAGGGGCUGUUGCCUGCAGGAGAUCAGACAGACAGAGGAGAAAUACUCACAAACCCUGGAGUCUAUUCUUCUGCACUUCCUGAAACCGCUACAGCACUUCCUGCAGCACUCAGACAUUGAGAGCAUUUUCAUUAACAUUGAGGAGCUAGCUAUGAUGCAUCGUAGUCUUCUGGGGGAGAUACAGACUUCCAUACUGACUUUAGGGUCUGAGAAUCUUUACCAGAUCUUCAUCAAUUACAAAGAGAGGUUGUUGCUAUAUGGGCGGUACUGCAGUCAGGUGGAGGCGGCAACCAAACACUUGGAUAAAAUCGCCGCCAGCCGUGAGGACGUCAGGAUGAAACUGGAGGAGUGCUCAAUGAGAGCAAACAGUGGCAGGUUUUCUCUCAGGGACCUCCUCAUGGUCCCUAUGCAGAGAGUACUGAAAUACCACUUACUACUACAGGAGCUCGUGAAACAUACUGUGGAUCCCACUGAGAAAGAGAAUUUGCGGACAGCACUGGAUGCUAUGAGAGACUUGGCACAAUGUGUGAAUGAGGUGAAGAGAGAUAAUGAGAUUAUUCGUCAGAUCACCACCUUUCAGCUUUGCAUAGAGAACAUGUGUCAGUCUCUUGCCCUGUAUGGGCGCCCAAAGAUUGAUGGAGAAUUGAAGAUUUGCUGCCCUGACAAGAAGUCCAAACAGGACAGGUAUGCGUUUCUCUUCGACAAGGCCAUGCUGGUGUGUAAGCGGAAGAGUGGAGAGGUCAUGGAACUGAAGGACCUCAUUGAGCUUCAAUAUUUCCAACUGAGGGACGAGACAGCCGCAGAGAGAGAGAACAAAAAGUGGAGCCAUAACUUUCUGCUGAUGGACUCGUAUGGCCAGGGUGCAUAUGAACUCUACUUUAAGACCAGGGAACUGAAGAAGAAGUGGCUGGAGCAGUUUGAAAUGGCACUGUCAAAUCUGUGCCCAGAGAACAGUACAGCCAAUGGGCACGACUUUCAGAUGCACUGUUUUGAGGAAACCACGUCAUGCAGGGCCUGUCAGAUGCUGCUCAGGGGAAUAUUCUUUCAGGGUUAUCGCUGCACCCGCUGUAAAAUGGCUGGCCAUAAAGAGUGCCUGGGGCGUGUCCCAGCCUGUGGGAAGAAUUCAGGUAAUCACUGUAACAAGACAAUGAGAUCAGCUUCUCAGAGACAGACUAAACCAGGUCUCCCAAAGAUGGAGGUGCGCGCUGAGUAUUACGGACUGCCCCCUCCCCCCGUGGCUUUCGGCCAACCCCUGCACCUCUCUGUCGGUGACAUCAUCGAGCUGACCCGUGCAGAGGUGGACCUUCAGUGGUGGGAAGGCAGGAGCCUAACAGCAGGACAAGUGGGCUGGUUUCCCUGUAACAAGGUUCAGCCUUUUAUUGCGAAGUCCACCCCAGACCUCACAGUAUACUCCUGGUUUGCAGGAAAUAUGGACCGGUCGGCUGCUAAGAACGUGCUUGCAUCACGGUCAGAUGGAACCUUCCUGGUCCGCCAGAAAGAUGGAGGAGAAUUUGCCAUCAGCAUCAAGUAUAAUAUGGAUAUCCGACACAUUAAGAUAACUCUCUCUGAGGGGCUGUACAGGAUUAAUGAGAAGAAGGCAUUUAAAGGGUUAAUUGAGCUGGUUCAGUAUUAUCAGGAAAACUCUCUGAAGGAGAUCUUUAAGGAUGUAGACACAAGACUACAAACACCCUUCAAACAACCAGACCACACUGGUCCCUCACCUGCCCUCCAGCCUAAACCAGGUGUGAGUUCGCGGUACUACGGAACAGCCAAGGUGCGUUAUGACUUUUCGGCGCGUGACCGUACAGAGCUGUCUCUGAGAGAGGGAGACACGGUGAAGAUCAUUUCCAAAAAGUCUCACAACGGAUGGUGGAAAGGAGAGGUGUAUGGCCGGGUGGGGCUGUUUCCAGCUAACUAUGUGGAGGAGGACAAUUCUGAUUACUGCUGACAGUCUGCUCCUCUGACCUUCCCC